AUGAUUGCUCCUCGAGCAUUCGCUGCUCCAGCUCGCCAAUGCUUGCGAAAAGCCUGCGCUCAGCCGAUACGGGCUCCUAUCUUCGUUCAGCCUAGGCGCUAUGCCACAACCGCCGAAGCAGACAAAGUCGCGAAGUUCAAGGGCAAGAAAGGAUCAGACGGAAAUUACACUGUCACGUUAAUAGAAGGUGAUGGCAUUGGUCCUGAGAUUGCUCAGUCCGUCAAGGACAUUUACAAAGCUGCGAAGGUGCCUAUCGUAUGGGAACCGGUGGACGUCACCCCUCGCCUGAAGGAAGGGCGGACGGUCAUUCCAGACGAAGCAAUUGCUUCGGUACAGAAGAACUAUGUGGCUCUGAAAGGGCCUCUGGCCACACCUGUCGGCAAGGGUCACGUUUCUCUCAACCUCACCCUGCGGCGGACCUUCAACCUUUUUGCCAACGUGCGUCCGUGCCGAAGCAUAGAGGGGUACAAGACCCCGUACGAUAACGUCGAUACCGUGCUUAUUCGAGAAAACACCGAGGGCGAAUACUCGGGCAUCGAGCACGUCGUGGUUGACGGAGUCGUGCAGUCCAUCAAGCUCAUCACUCGUGAGGCUUCCGAACGUGUGCUGAGAUACGCAUUUCAAUAUGCUCGGGACGUUGGCAAGAACAAGGUCCGUGUUGUACACAAAGCUACUAUUAUGAAGAUGUCGGAUGGUCUCUUCCUCAGCACCGCGAGAGAUGUUGCGAAAGACUUCCCCGACAUUGAAUUUGAUGCCGAACUGCUCGACAACGCCUGCCUGAAAAUUACGACCGACCCAGGUCCAUAUUCGGACAAGGUCCUUGUCAUGCCCAAUCUUUACGGCGAUAUCUUGUCAGAUAUGUGCGCAGGUUUGAUUGGUGGCUUGGGUCUCACACCCUCCGGAAACAUUGGCGAUGAGUGCUCCAUCUUCGAGGCCGUACACGGGUCCGCGCCCGAUAUUGCUGGCAAAGGCCUUGCCAACCCGACGGCUCUUUUGCUCAGUAGUAUCAUGAUGCUACGGCAUAUGGGCUUAAAUGAGCAUGCCGAGAAGAUUGAGAGCGCUAUCUUUGCGACGUUGGCAGAAGGCAAGACUUUGACGGGUGAUUUGGGUGGAAAGGCCAAGACCCACGAGUACGCAGCUGGUAUCAUCAGCCACUUGUAA